UUCAGUACUGAAUAUUAGGUAGGUAUUUAAGAUAUGCUUUAACAAGCAGUUCAAGGUAGAUUAAUUUUAUUCUACGCGGAGAGUUGCGCUUAUCAUUGCACAAAUAUAAACAACUUUCUCCAAAAGUCUCGAAAUAAGCCGCAUCCAAAAUAAUGGAAAGAUGUCCAGCAAGUGCUUAACACUCGUGAUCCUAGUAGGAGUAAUAAUUUCAUUGUCAGAUGCAGCUCGUUCAAAGUGGUUAAUUGAAAGAGCGGACAAAAAGAACUGGUUUGACGCCUUUCAAACAUGCCGCUUUAAAGGAAUGCAUCUCCUGUAUUUUAAAACGAUUGCGGAAUGGCGUGAACUUGAUUUAUAUCUAUGGGAUAACGACUGGGAUGGUGUCUAUUGGACAUCCGGCAAUGACUUGGCUUUUUGGAAAAAAUUUUACUGGUUUUCAACUGGAAAGAUCAUUACUAUGAAUCUGUGGGAGCACGGAGAACCGAAUAAUCAAGGUGGAAAGGAACAUUGUGUGGAAAUGGGCCACAAGAGGACUUGGUCUGAAAGGAUAAAAACACUACAUAUACUUGUAAUUGUAAUGAAGUUGGAUAAAUUUCAUUGUCGGUCAACAAAUCAAUGCUGCCUAUACUCGUUCGGUCAUCCAAUUCCAUAAUGAUAUUCUGAAAAUAAUCUGUU